AUGGGACGCAACGCGCCCCGGAAGCGUAUCUCGUACGUGCUGCCACUUGCAAAGUCGGCCGGAGGACACAGGCUGGGAGUCAAUGGCUUGGCUGUCGACCCCCAGAGCUCCAUCCUCUACUCGGGCGGGCGAGAUGGUGUGAUAUGCGCCUGGGACCUGCACCUCGACCUCAGCAAGAACACCGACGAGCGCGACCCUUUCGCAGACUCGGCUGCCGCAAGCUACAAGCCCCCACCCACGCAGUUUCGCCAGCAGGUUCAGGCACACACGCACUGGAUCAAUGACAUUGUUCUCGCUCAGAACAGCAGCGCCCUCGUCUCCGCCUCGUCCGACAUCACGGUAAAGGUAUGGCGACCGGCUGCCGCAGACCCACUCCCACCGCAAACCAUUGGCCUCCACACCGACUACGUCAAGCGCGUCGCAUCCCCAGGCGGUAAUGAGAACUGGGUCGCCUCUGGCGGGCUGGACCGCAAGAUCAGCCUGUGGGAUCUCAAUGGCGCUGGCAAGAAGCUGGAGAUUGCAGUAGGCGAGGACGAGAACACCGCAAAGGGCUCCGUAUACGCACUGGCGGCAACCCCAAACAUCAUAGCGAGCGGCGGACCAGAGAGUAUCGUGCGGGUAUGGGACUCGAGGACGGGCAAGCGCAUCACCAAGUUUGUCGGGCACACGGAUAAUGUGCGCGACAUACUCGUGGCUCAAGAUGGGGACUCCAUCUUGACUGCUUCGUCCGACCAGACGGUCAAGGUGUGGUCCAUGACGGCAGGUCGCUGCAUGUACACGCUCACCAUGCACAACGACAGCGUGUGGUCUCUGUUCUCCGACUGCCCCCAGCUGUCCGUCUUUUACUCCUCGGACCGAUCGGGCAUUGUGGCUAAGAGCGACGUCCGCAACUGUGAGGAGAUGGACGAGGGUCUCUCAGUAGCAAUAUGCCAAGAGCACGAAGGUGUGAACAAGCUCGUCGCUGCUGGCGACUACAUAUGGACAGCAACCUCCAGCUCGAGUAUCAACAGGUGGAACGAUGUUGAAACUGCAGCCGAGGUUGAGCUACCAGAGUCCUACAAAUGGCACAGGAACAGUGUUUCUACUAUGCGCUCACGAUAUCCCUCGCCUCCCGCAACGAGUCCACCGGCAAAAGAAGCGGCAGCAAAGAUCCCUCUCAAGGCUCUUCUUCGCAUGUCCAACACCGCACCUUUUCCACAAGCAUUUGCUACCAAGGAUGCCGACACUACAACACUGGCUAGUAGUAUACGCAAGCCUUCUGAGGUCUUGGUCGCAUCAGAUCACGGUGGCAUUGUACCAUGUCGGAACUUGCCGGACUUUUCCAUCGAAGGGCAGAACGGCCUCAUUAAGCACCAUCUUCUGAACGACCGCAGGAGAGUGCUGACCCUCGACACUGCCGGAGAAGUGAUGUUGUGGGACUUGUUGCAGUGCGCCCCUAUCAAGUCUUUCGGCAAGAAGCAUCUCGAAGACGUUGUACCAGAAGUCCAGACCCGCGAGAGUGUCGCUCACUGGUGUGGUGUCGAUACCCGGAUAGGAACUUUGACAUGUGUGCUCGAGGAGAACUACUGCUUUGACGCUGAGAUGUAUGCCGAUGAGCUGCAACUAGAUAAGCAGAUUGACUUCCGCGAAGACCACAGGAUAAAUCUGGGGAAAUGGAUAUUACGGUAUCUUUUCUCCAAUCUCAUCGACGAAGAAAUCAAGCGAGACGAAGCCUUCCGAUCAUCCCUUUCGACUCAGAAGGAAAAAGAGCCAAAAUCAAAUCGCCCCACCAACAUUCAACUCCCGGACAUGAACAUUAAUGGCUGGAAGGAUACUUCAUCAGGGCCAACAUCCGGCUCGACCAUCAAGGCCAGCAACGGUUUCCACCUACCACAUACGCCCGGCUUGGCCAUUGGACAGGCCACACCCAUGGGAGGGCCGCAAAGUGCAGGACGCAACUCACACAAUCCUUACCUCAGUCCAACUACCGAAGAGGGCUCACAGCUUGAGCUUACACAGACGCAGCGAAGUUCAACACAAGAAGGCGGUGAUUAUUUCGGUAAUAGCGCUUCCACAACCAACGGGGACGGGAAUGGCAAAUCCACUGAAGCGAAAGAAGGCUCCACAGACUCCAAAGAAGAAACCGUCUCCUCACCCACCGAGCCCGACACACCAGCCAAGAAGGGCAAAGGCAUGUUUGGCAAGAAAUUCAACAUGUCCUUCAACAUGAAGAAAUUCAGCACCGGCACUGCCGUUGUCGAGCCCGUCAAACCUGCCAUUGACGAAAAAGCGGAGGACAGCGAUUCGCACUCUACCAAGACCGACGAGAAAACCAUCGAGGACAGCUUUUUUGGCUCCGUUCAAAGAAUACGGCAGGGCUACGAAGAGCAGCUGGUUGCUGGCGCAACAAAGUUGGAGAGCCAGAUUGCGCCGAGCUUACCGAAUGAUACGCCCGUUUUGAAACCACCUGCGAGUACAACAAUUUUGAUCCAAGAGGAUCGGCCAGAGGCCGGAGGUGUGGCGGAUCUAUUCGAAGGCAAAGUGGGCUCGCUAGGCUUACAAGCGGAUCUUAUUGAGAAGGCGGCACCCAUGUGGCUUGCUGAAGUGCUGCUACGGAACCAACUCCCGCCUAAAGAUAUAGUAAAAGUAUCCUUCAUACUCGAGCCGCACCAAAACGCACUCCCAAGCAUCUCUUCCGAUGGGUACAUUCCCUUUUCCCUCCCCUUCGAAACAGCGUCACAGGCUAACGCCAAACUUAGCAACAACCGCCUCAAUGCGAAUCGUAUGCUGCGCGCGCGCAAGAUACUAGGAUACGUUGCUGAGCGAAUCGAGCCUGCGCCGUCGAAGGAGGAGACUGCAAAGAACGAGGCGAGUGGUAGUAGCGUGCUGAAGCCCGAGGAGUAUUUGGAACUGUAUUGUAACGGUCAAUUCAUUCCCCCAACAAUGACCCUCGCGUCCAUCCGGGCCCACGUCUGGCGUGGUGGCGGUGACGUCCUCCUCCAUUAUAAAGCCAAUGGCCGCAAGGAAAUCAAACAUACGCCUUACCCCGGUCCACAGUCUGGAUCACCUCCUGGCGCCAUCCACGGGCUCGGUGUUGGUGUUGGGCUUGACUCGGGGCCGGGAUCAAGCAAUGCCAGUGAAGGAAAACCGAGUAGUGAGGCGGGCAGGAGCAGUCAGCAGAGUAGUAGGGGAAUUGUGGAUGGUAGGAGCGUGUUUGGACCAUAG